AUGGAGCACGCGACGGUGUUGCUGGAGCAGCUGGCGUCGCAGCAGCCGGACCUGGGGGCGCCAGGCUUCUGGCUGGACUUUCUGUCGGGCAUGCUCAAGCCGGCCGCCGCCACCGCCGUGGUCGCCCUGGCCGUCGCGCUCAGCUUCACGCAGCGCCUGGGGGUCGAGGGCGAGAUGCUCUUCGCCGUCGCGCGCUCCUUCCUCCAGCUCUCCCUCGUCGGCUUCGUGCUCCACUUCAUCUUCUCCCAGAAGAACACCGCACCCUGGAUCCUCCUCGCUUACCUCUUUAUGGUGACGGUCGCCGGGUACACGUCUGGGCAGCGUGCGAGGCAGGUCCCUCGCGGGAAGUACAUCGCCCUCAUGUCCAUCCUGGUCGGCACAGUGAUCACCAUGACCCUGCUCCUCCUGCUCAGAAUCUUCCCCUUUACCCCACGGUACAUCAUCCCGGCCGCCGGUCUGAUGGUCGGCAAUGCCAUGACCGUCACCGGUGUCGCCAUGAAGAAGCUCAGGGAGAACGUGACGAUCCAAAAGAACAUGGUGGAGUCUGCACUUGCACUAGGUGCAACGCCACUCCAGGCGACACUCCAGCAGGCGAAGGGCGCUCUGGUGAUUGCCUUGUCCCCCACCAUUGACAGCGCCAAGACGAUGGGCCUGGUCUCCCUCCCGGGCGCCAUGACGGGGCUCAUCAUGGCCGGCGCAUCACCGCUUGAGGCCAUCCAAGUGCAAAUUGUUGUCAAGAACAUGGUCAUGACUGCCUCCACCGUGAGCAGCAUCCUCUCGUCCUACCUUUGCAGGCUAGCCUUCUUCAAUGAGGCCUUCCAACUGAAUGAUGAAAUCUUCGAUGACUAGGGUGUUCAAUAAGUACUGGAGUACAAGUGAAUCAUCAGUCUUCUGCAGUGGUUUAAUAGGCCAACACAUCAGUGCAAAACUGCAAAUUAGCUUGGUAUGAGACUACUUUGAUAUGGUGUCAAAUACAGAUGUGACAUAGUUAAUAAUUUGUAUCAUAAUUACAAAUUUAGUGUGUAUCACAAAAUACUGAAAUUUUGAU